UUUAUUUUGUAUAAUUUUAUUAAUUUAUAAUUUUUUACUAAUAUUUGAUUGAAAUAUUUUUUUGUUUUUUUAAACAUUUUUAAAUUAGUAUGUCUCAACCAGAUUCAAAAAUUCGUCGAGUCCAGUUUAAUGUACUUAACUGAACAGCAAAUGGCAGAGUUGAAAGAGGAGGUUCUCCAAAUCCGCAGGGAGAUCUCUGUCGAAACGCAGAAGUUUGACAUUUUGGCAGACAAACUGGCGGAAACCACCGCCAUUUUAAAGGUAUCGUUUGCUCCUGAGAAGGAGAUUUCGGGCGUGGUACCAUUUCCGUUUACAACGGAAGAGGAAUUGGAUGAAUUCGAAAAUUCCUUGACCCCGGAGCUUAUCGGUUUUUACACAAAGAAAAUAUCGAAAAUUAUUGGGAGCGAACCGCUGUCAAAUCGGUUCAAAUUUGUCAGAGCGGAAGAUAUUAUAAAAAACUACAAUUUGGACGGGUCCAACGGGAAAUAGUUCCCUCGUAUCCCGUUUAGGGUUAUACGGAGUUCUUAAAGGACGCAAUUCCUAAUCAUCAGUUUAGACUUUAAGCUGAACCCCAUUCUUCCAGGAAGUGUGCGGGUCCCUGUCUUACAAACCAUAUUCACCUCGGACCUUCCCUCGCACUGAAGCAGGAUGUUUUAGCAGCUAAAUAUGAUGAUGACACUGCAUUUCUGACGACAACUGCUCUGCAAAGAGAGGCGACAUUAAUGGUGGUGGACAUCCUAAAUGAGUUUGAGGUAUUGGCGUCGCUUUAUCGCCUCACCCUGGACGGAACUCCAAAAAUGCACUCUGUCACGGUUAAGUACCUUGGGCUUCCUCUGGAAAGGCGUCUUAACUGGAAGCAGCAUAUUGUGUCUACCUAUGCCUCCACAAGGCAAAAAGCGAGGAAAAUCAGAUGCCUAACUCUUUUUAUUUAUGUCAAAACUAUACUUAUAUACCGAGUUAAUUGAUUCCACAUUAUUUAAAUUCAACCGACAUGUUAAUUCUUUCUCUAUGUUAGCACCAACAAGAAAGGAAGUUAA